GUUUCUCUUGGUGGAAGAUCGCGAAGAAGCGCCAUCGUCCAGCUUUCAUUCAGAGUCAUGGAGGAAUUAAGUAGUUGACGUUUCCUUUAACCUUCUCUUUUUCAAGCGUUUAUUCGUGCGGUCAUCGAUCCGUUAUCCCCUUUAUCAGACGCCAUUCGAUCAGAUUUGACGCGUGACUCUUUCUCAGAAAGAUGAAGUUCAUCAUCGGUAUCGGCGGGGUCACAAACGGAGGUAAAACAACACUGACAGACAGCCUGAUAAAGAUUCUGCCCAACUGCUGUGUGGUCCAUCAGGAUGAUUUCUUCAAGCCCCAAGAUGAGAUUGAAGUUGGUGAAGAUGGCUUUAAGCAGUAUGAUGUCAUCACCGCUCUGGACAUGGAUGCCAUGAUGAGCACCAUCCACGCCUGGCAGCAGAAUCCGGUCAAGUUUGAAAGAUCUCACGGCGUCAACAACACCUUGGACUCUGAGAUCGUUCCAGGUGUCCAGGAUAAAGAUGAAGGCGUUCAUAUCCUGAUCGUGGAGGGAUUUCUGCUUUACACCUACGGACCUUUGAUCGAUGUGUUCAACCAACGAUACUUUAUUUCCAUUCCAUACGAAGAAUGCAAAAAGAGGAGGAGUUCAAGGAACUAUACCGUCCCAGACCCACCCGGUCUGUUUGACGGACACGUCUGGCCCAUGUAUGUCAAACAUACGAAAAUCAUGGCGGACUCAGGGGUUGAUGUGGUGCAGCUAGAUGGAACUAAAUCUAAGGAACAACUGUACAACUUUGUGUACGGAAACAUUCUGAACAACAUCCAGCAAAACAUGCAGUGAACAGAGAGAUCGGCUGAAAUGUUGUCAUGCAGCAGGAUGAAGCAGCUUCGCGUCAGACGUGUACUCCAGCCUGCAGCUCGGACAGCAUCUGCAUCGCUGUCGCAGUUUUUUUAAACAUUUUAUAUUCUCUGUAUUUAUUGCUUCUGAAGCUCUUAUAGUGCGACUCCUCUGUAUGGACAGAAUGUUUCUGAACACUGCUACUAACUGGCACAAACAAAUAAAAUGAAGCCCUUGUGA